CUCAGUCUUUAAGUGGAGCCAGGUGUGCAGUGCACAACACAAAAGUCAAAGCCCCCUUUCUUUUUUGUUUGGUUUAUUUCUGCGAAUUUGGUUUCCUUGUAGUUUUACAAUAAAAGCUGGAUAACGUAUGUAGCAGCAGCUUGUGGCUUGUGUGUACCUUCUGUGAUGAGGUGUAAGUCAGUUGGUUGGUGGGUGUGUUGGUUGGUUGUAGUCAUAAUUCUAUGUAUGUGCAUAGGAGAGAAAGAAUGAAAGAAAGACCUCUUACACUUUCUUUUCUUUCUAAUUUAGGUCAUAGCAUGAAUCACACAAUAAUACCGCAGUCACCCACCUGGGCCAUUUUCUUCUUAUCCCACAUACUUGGUCUAGCUGAAUGUUCCUGUCUUCGCUUUUUGGUACGAGAGUAGAGUCAUUCAGUGGUCGAAAGAGACCAGUUUACUGCUUGGUGAUGGCCAAAUUAAGGCUUUCAUACUUACUCCUAAUCUAUGCCGAGAUUUAAUAAAGCGUACGUUUUGAAUUCUAUGCUGUCUUCUAGCCAAAAUUUAUAAAAGUGUUGCCUUGAAAAGAGCAUGGAAUUCAAAGAACUGUGUCUUAUCUUCCAAGUGAUUCAGUGAUAUUAUUAAGUAUUUGGACAUUAAAGAAUUUAAUCAAGAAAUUUUGUAUGACUUGUAUUUGACAUUCUCAUAGUAUUUGAUUAGUCUCAUAUAUUUAACCUUGAAUUUACGAAACUUUGUCAGCCUGGGCAAUAUAUAUGUAAGCCGUGUACAGUUUCUAAUUCCGACAAAUAAAUAGCAGGUAGAGUCAAGUAAUACGUAUUUAUGGUGUUUAGUUUCACCCUUACCACAGAAUACCCUUGUGCAAAAUUGGACCGCUUAAGUAAUCUCGGUUUGCAAUAGAAGUUCCAACCAACACUACUUUCCCCUGCAUAAUAUUUGAAGGAAAGCAGUGCUGCAAGCAAUACUCUGCUGUUGACAACUAAAUGUAAGCAAUAUCAUCCACCCACCCACCCUCGCCCUUGGAAUGAAUAGUAGGACACCCAUCCUCAUCAAGACCAAUUCCUUUAAGUGAAAGCAGAACACUGAAAACGAGACUGGAAUGGAAAUUGUUGCAAAAAUUCGCAACAUGCAGACCUUCAAGCGGACAAGAAUUCGACCUCAGGAGCAAAACUGUCCACCGUCGCCUAUUACAACCAAUACCAAUGACGCCUGUUCUCAUGCAAACUGUUCCUCCUACAAUAUGGGAUUCCCUUUAAGAAUUUGUGUCAGAGUUUGCUCCAUUAUUGGAAUGGCAUCGUCGCUCCUCUAUGUCAUCUCUGGAACGAGUCUGAUCACUCACAUAUCGCAAACAGAGACGAUUGGAUUUUCCACUUUCUCCGCUCCUCAACCUUCCAUUGCAACGACGCGACACAUUUAUUACAAACGGAAUGUUGGAUUCUUUAUCGGUAUCGCUGUGGUCCUGGUGAUUCUCAAUGUCAUCCAGUUCCUGUCGGACUUUCUCCUCCUCGUGUCAACGUUUAGGACCAAGAAAUAUAAUUCGCUCUGGGUCUACAUGGUGCUGGACAUCACGUUAUGGAUCAUGACGUUGAUUUGUUUCAUAACCAUUUUUUCCGGCGGGGGUUUAUUCCUCCUGCUCGUAUUUCUUCUCGGAACCGCAGUUCGUGCCUAUAUCACGUUCAUUUUACACGAGUACAUGAUAGAAGAGAGCAAACUGCAGGAUGAAAGUCGCCACGAUAUCGAGAAAUGUACACCGACUUUCACCUCGCCAAAUGGCAACCAGCUCCACCACCAACAACCUUCCCCAAUACCUGAAGAGUCAACUGCUGUAGAACCUUUCUCCGAAAUUGAGGGUGAUGAAUAUGUAAAGGAAGAAGAAGAAAGCCAUUUGGGGUCUGACGUUGAGACAGAAAGACAAGGAAUUGAAUUGGAAGGAGGAGGAGGUGAAUACUCAAAUAACUUGAAUAUUUCUGACACCUCGGAACACGGGAAGGAAAGUCUGUCUGAUGAAAUCCCGACGGACAUGGUCUUAGGAAAAAGAAAAGAAGAAGAAUAUUCUAUGCGAGAUGAUGCAUCUUCCAGAGCAAAAUCCAAUACAGAGGAAGAAGAAGAAGAUUCCUACAAAAAGCGUGGCGAUGAAAUUGAUGUCGCCGUGAGGACUUUCCCUCUUGAUACCGUGCGUGUUAAUGGAGGAGGAUAAUCAGUCCUGACAAUCCUACCUUUUGUUGUUGACAGUUUUCCACUCUGGUCGAAUUAAUCCGUCCUUACGCAGAGAAUGAGUGUGUACCUUGUGAUCUUGGAAAAGGAUGUUGUUGAUAUUUUGGGAUGUUUUUUUUUUGUUUUUGUUUCAGGAAGAAAGUCACAUGUAUGAGUUCAAGUUUGUCAGAUUGCGUUAAUGUUAUUGCUGGAUUAUGUCGGGUUGAGUACCACAUGGGAUUUUAUUUGCAAUCCUCUAUACCACAUGUAAAGAGACUGAUUCGUUACAAAAUAAAGGGUAUGCGGAUGAAAUACGAAAUACUUGGAGUAGAAAUCUACGUGCAAUAAAUGUAGUAUUCAAGUGCGCAUUUGUACGUAUCACUUUUAUUUCAU